UGAAUGGUCUGAAUGGAGCUGUCCGUUCGGGUCUAGUUUGAACUUCUUGCAUGUCAAGCCGUUCAAGCUUCGUCUGAAAGGUCAGGAGGGCGUGCUAUUCGGUCCAGGCCCGAACGGCUUGAAGGGCACGUUGUUCAGGCCUGGCAUGAAUAUUCUGGAUUUUUUUUAUGUUGCACAGACAAUAAUUCAAGAAUUUAAUUUAAAUUCUUGAAUUUAUGGAUGAAAGUAUAGUUUUUGUUUUUUGUUAAGUUAGAUUUUAUUUUUAAAACUUGAUCUACUCAAAUUAAAAGUGGGUCAGAUAGGGAACAUGCCGGGUGAAAAAAGUUCUUCAUCAGAUCCGAUCUGACCAGGUUAGAGGCAAAAGUGAAGGAUGAAUUUAGAUGUUCCAAGACAAAAGUAGAGCGAAAUCCUGUUCCAAAUCGAUACAUUGAAAUACCUAAUGUUAAAUAUAUAUCUUCAAAUAUAUAAAAAAUAAUAUUAUAAUACGGAAUUCAAAACAAAACGUCAAAAUUAACCGAUAUCAAACUUUUCAUGCUGAUUGAAAAUCUGGAAUUACUUCCAGAACGGGCACGAAGUGAAAUAAAACAAGGUUUUUUCUUGCCUUUGGUUUUUACAAGAUCGGAGUUAUUGCACCCAGGGGUAAGAGGUGCAAAGUUUAGGUGCAUAGAGCGGGAGAGACGAGCACUUCUUCAGUUCAAAAAAGACCUUAUUGAUGAUUAUGGUGUUCUUUCUUCUUGGGGGGGCGAAGAAGAGAAAAGAGAUUGCUGCAAAUGGAGAGGAGUUGGCUGUGACAACAUAACUGGUCAUGUUACUUUGCUUGAUCUCCAUUCCUCACCUGUGUACGAAAAUCUUUUUACGCCUCUAGGAGGUAAGGUUAGCGAUUCAUUACUCGAGUUACAGUAUUUGAAUUACUUGGACCUGAGUUUGAAUAAUUUUGAUGAGAGUAUGAUCGAUUUUAUUGGCUCCUUAACCAGCCUGAGAUACUUGAACCUCUCCUACAACUUUUUCACUGUAAUUAUUCCCUAUCAGCUUGGGAACCUCUCAAGAUUGCAGUCUCUUGAUCUCAGCUAUAGUUUUGAUGCCAGUGUAGAAAAUCUUGACUGGCUUUCUCAUCUUUCUUCUCUGGAGCGUCUUGAUUUAAGUGGUUCCAACCUCAGUAAGGUAAAUGACUGGCUGCAAGUGAUUACAAACCUCCCGCGCCUAAAAGAACUGCGAUUGAAUCAGUGUGGUCUUCCAGAUAUAAUUCCUUCACCUCUUUCUUUUGUCAACUCUUCUAAAUUUCUUGCUGUUCUUCAUCUCUCUAAUAACAAUCUUUCUUCUGCUAUAUACCCCUGGCUGUACAACUUUAGUAAAAGCCUGGUUGACCUUGACCUUUCUGGUAACCAGUUAAAAGGUUCGAUUCCAGAUGCAUUCAGAAACAUGAGUGCUCUCACAAAUCUUGUUCUUUCUGGUAAUCAGCUUGAAGGUGGCAUUCCAAGAUCUCUUGGGGAGACGUGCAGCUUGCAUGUGCUAGAUUUGUGCCACAACCAUAUCAGUGAGGACCUUUCGGAUCUCGUGCAGAACUUAUACGGACGCACAGAGAGAUCCCUGGAGAUUUUGAGAUUAUGUCAGAAUCAACUUGAUGGUUCAUUGCCUGAUAUUGCUAGAUUUUCUUCCUUGAGAGAAUUGGAUAUCUCAUGUAAUCGACUCAAUGGGCUUAUACCUGAAAGUAUUGGAUUCCUUUCCAAGCUUGAGCAUUUUGAUGUUUCUUUUAAUUCUUUUCAAGGUUUGGUGUCUGGAGAACAUUUUUCUAACCUCUCCAACUUACAGAACUUGGAUUUGUCUUAUAAUUCCUUAGUUUUGAGAUUCAAAUCUGAUUGGGACCCCACUUUUCAAUUGAACACCAUUCGUCUUAGUUCAUGCAACAUGGGGCCUUUUUUCCCACAAUGGCUUCGAACUCAGAGAAAUGUCCAUUUGCUUGAUAUCUCCAGUGCUAAUAUUUCAGAUAAAAUCCCUAAUUGGUUUUGGAACCUGUUGCCUACCUUGGCUUUCUUAAAUCUAUCUCACAACUUGAUGAGUGGAACGCUGCCAGAUUUAUUGUCAGUUGAUGUGGUUGAUGGUACAUUCCCUGGGUUUGACUUGAGUUUUAAUCAGUUUGAGGGUCUACUGCCAGCUUUUCCUUCUACGACAUCCUCAUUGAUUCUUUCUAACAAUUUAUUUUCAGGUCCAAUUUCUCAUAUAUGCAAUAUUGCUGGUGAGAUAUUGAGCUUCCUUGAUCUGUCAAACAAUCUGUUGUCUGGACAACUUCCAAAUUGUUUCAUGAAUUGGAAGAGACUGGUUGUUCUGAAUCUGGCUAACAACAACUUGUCAGGCAAAAUUCCAAGCUCUGUCGGAUCAUUGUUUCUCCUUCAAACAUUGAGUUUACACAACAAUAAACUCUACGGAGAAUUGCCAGUGUCUUUAAAAAACUGUAGCAUGUUGAAAUUUUUGGACCUUGGUGAAAAUCGAUUAUCUGGAGAAAUACCAGCUUGGAUAGGAGAAAGCCUCUCAUCCUUGAUGUUCCUUUCCCUUCAAUCUAAUGAAUUCCUUGGAAGCAUCCCGCCACAUAUUUGUCAGCUAAGAAAUAUUAGGAUCUUGGACCUCUCCCUAAACAAUAUCACUGGAGCCAUACCGGAGUGUCUCGACAAUCUAACUGCUAUGGUUCUAAGAGGGGAAGCAGAAACUGUCAUUGACAAUCUUUACUUGACAAAGAGACGUGGAGCAGUUUUUUCUGGAGGCUACUAUAUCAAUAAGGCAUGGGUUGGAUGGAAAGGAAGGGAUUAUGAAUAUGAGAGAAAUCUUGGACUGUUGCGUGUCAUUGAUUUUUCAGGCAACAAUUUAUCUGGAGAAAUUCCAGAGGAAAUAACUGGCCUGCUUGAGUUGGUUGCACUGAACUUGUCAGGAAAUAAUUUAACUGGAGUAAUCCCUCAAAAGAUUGGCCAGUUGAAAUUGUUAGAAUCUCUCGAUUUGUCAAGAAAUCAUUUCUAUGGUGCAAUUCCACUCACAAUGGCUGUUCUAAAUUUUUUAAGUUGCUUGAAUGUCUCCUACAAUAAUUUGUCUGGGAAAAUUCCAUUGAGCACUCAGCUUCAAAGCUUUGAUGCAUCAGCUUUUACAGGCAAUCCUGCACUGUGUGGUCUACCAGUCACCCAGAAAUGCCUUGGAGAUGUUGAUGUGCCUCAAAGUCCAGUGAUGAAUGAUGUAAUCCAAGACAAUCAAAAAACUGUGCAUGAGUUCAGUAUGUGGUUUUAUAUUGGCAUGGAAAAUGGUUUUUUUGUAUCUUUUUUGGGAUUUUCGGGUGCAUUACUGCUCAAGCAUUCUUGGAGACAUGGCUAUUUCCAGUUUUUGGAUGAAUCAUUGGAAUUCCUCUGCUUGAUACUGAGAGCGCAUAAAGCAAAACAAAAAAGGCUACACCCAAACUCUUGCAGUUAGGUUUGAGAGACAGUCUUUACACAUUAUGCUUACAAGGAUUCUCUGCUACCCCAGAAUCGUGGUUCUUUUGCUUGUGGAGAAGUCUUCGUCAUUGUUUUUGUAGCUUGUUGCUGUAUUCAUAGUUUGGUAAAUCACCUUUCUUCGAAUCAUCUGUCUUUACUGGAAGCAUCAAAAUUUUUCUUUCUGCUUCAAGGUUGAACAUAUUUUGAUGUGUUAUGCAACAGCUGUGCCUGUAGUUGGUAGAUUAAUUUAAUGCUGUUGCUGGUCUUUUAAUGAAAGUGGAAGGAUGCUCAAGUGAUUUGUGCUGAAUGAACCUCAACAUUUUGAGAUGAUCUUCUCCGUCAUGUUC